UCCUGUGUGGGCAGGAUAUCAACUGGCAGAUAUAAAUUCGUCUCUUUCUCGUUAUUCCCUGAUGUACUACCUGACGCCUGUUCCUGAAUAGGUAUUUGCAAAACUAAAGAUGGAGGACAGAGGGGAGCUCAAAGAAAGGCAAGUCCUGAUUCUCUUUCUCUUAUUGGGAAUGGCUCUAGCAGGCUGGGAGCCCCGUCGCUAUUUUGUGCUGGAGGAAACAGAGAGAGGCUUUUUUGUGGCUGAUCUGACCAAGGACCUAGGGCUGGGAGUAGAAGAGUUAGCUGAGAGGGGAGCUCGGGUGGUCUCUGAUGAUAAUGAACCAUGCUUGUAUCUAGAUCAGCAGACUGGUAAAUUGUUAUUAAAUGAGAAACUGGACCGGGAGGAGCUGUGUAUUUCGGCAGAUCCCUGUGUAAUGCAUUUCCAAGUGCUAUUGAAAAACCCAUUGGAAGUAUUCCGAGCUGAGCUACUUGUGGAAGAUAUAAACGAUCAUUCUCCCGAGUUUCCUGAAAGAGAAAUGACUCUGAAAAUCCCAGAGAAUAGCCCACCUGGGACUGCUUUUCUGCUGAAAAAAGCUCAGGAUUUGGACGUGGGCAUCAACAAUAUUCAAAACUACAAUAUUGGUCCCAAUUCUCAUUUCCAUGUUUUGAUCCGCAAGCAGGAAGACGGCAGGAAGUACCCAGAACUGGUGCUGGACAAAGAGCUGGAUCGCGAGGAGCAAGACCAGUUCAGAUUAACCCUGACGGCGCUGGAUGGCGGCUCUCCUCCGAGAUCUGGCACCACUAAAAUCCGUGUAUUGGUCCUAGACAUCAAUGACAAUGCCCCUGCAUUUUCCCAGGUGCUCUACAAGGUGCAAGUACCCGAGAACACACCUUUAGGGACUCUUAUUGUCACAGUCUCUGCUAGGGAUUUAGAUAUUGGGACAAAUGGAGAGAUAACUUACUCCUAUAGUUCUCAGGAGAUGGGAAAAACUUUUGAACUCAGUAGCCUAUCAGGAGAAGUUCGACUAAUUAAGUUACUAGAUUUUGAGACUAUUUCCUCAUAUGAACUAGAUAUAGAGGCAACUGAUGGCGGGGGACUUUCUGGAAAAUGCUCUGUUUCUAUUAAAGUGUUGGAUGUCAACGAUAAUUCCCCAGAAUUAACUAUUUCAUCACUUACCAGUCCUAUUCCUGAAAAUUCCCCUGAGACAGAAGUGGCUCUGUUUAAGACACGGGACCGAGACUCAGGGGAAAAUGGAAAAAUGGUGUGUUCCAUCCAGGAUGACAUUCCCUUCACGCUGAAACCUGUCGUUGAGAAUUUCUACAGGCUUGUGACAGAAGGAGCUCUGGACAGAGAGAGCAGAGCCCAAUUCAAUAUCACUAUCACUGUAACCGACUUGGGGACACCCAGGCUCAAAACCCACUACAACUUAACCGUGCAGGUCUCUGAUGUCAACGACAACGCCCCCACCUUCACCCAAUCCUCCUACACCCUCUUCGUCCCAGAAAACAACAGCCCCGCCCUGCUCAUAGGCACCAUCAGCGCCACAGACAGAGACUCAGGCUCCAAUGCCCAGGUCACCUACUCGCUGCUGCCGCCCCAACACCCGCAGCCGCAGCCGCAGCCGGACCCCGCCUCGCUGGCCGCCGUGUCGUCGCUCUUCCUGCUGUCGCUGCUGCUCUUCGUGGCGCUCAGGCUGUGCAGGAGGAGCGGGCCGGCCGCGCUGGGGGUGUGCUCGGCGGCGCCCGAGGGCCCCUUCCCUGCCCACCUGGUGGACGUCAGCGGCACGGGGACGCUGUCGCACUCCUACCAGUAUGAGGUGUGUCUCUCUGGAGACUCUCAGAAUGAGUUCCAAUUCUUGAAGCCUGUGUUCCCCAAUAUUUUGGGCCAGGAUUCUGCGAAAUAAUCAGAUGGGAGCUCAAUUUUUCAUAAUAAUUUAAGUAUCUGA